UGUUGAUCCGCGCCCCUGACAGUCUGGCCCGCGUCGCCUUCCCAGCGCCGAGCUCGCUCCCAGCCUCGCGGUCAUAUGACAGAUCGCACUUCCUGCGCACCCGCCGUACGUCGCGCUCCCGGCUCGCGCUCCGCGAGAGGCACCGACUACGCUCGCUCCUGCGUCGCCCUCCAGCCGCUCCGUCUCCGGCCGCAAGAUGCUCGCCCUUUUUAACCGGCUUCUGGACUGGUUCAAGUCCCUCUUUUGGAAGGAGGAGAUGGAGCUGACUCUGGUGGGACUUCAGUACUCGGGGAAGACGACAUUCGUCAACGUUAUAGCCUCUGGACAGUUCAGCGAAGACAUGAUCCCAACAGUCGGUUUCAACAUGAGGAAGGUCACCAAGGGCAAUGUUACCAUUAAGAUUUGGGACAUUGGUGGGCAGCCCAGGUUCAGGAGCAUGUGGGAGAGAUACUGUCGAGGUGUCAAUGCUAUAGUUUACAUGGUGGACGCAGCAGAUCGCGAGAAGGUGGAAGCAUCCAGGAAUGAGCUGCACAAUUUGUUAGACAAGCCACAGUUACAAGGGAUCCCUGUGUUGGUGCUUGGCAACAAGAGGGAUCUUCCUAAUGCUUUGGAUGAAAAGCAGCUUAUUGAAAAAAUGAACUUGUCAGCUAUCCAGGACAGAGAGAUUUGCUGCUAUUCAAUUUCUUGCAAGGAAAAGGACAACAUAGAUAUCACACUGCAGUGGCUUAUACAACACUCAAAAUCCCGGAGGAGCUGAAAGUCCAAAACUCAUCCCUGUCCUUUCCCCCAUGGUUUUGUCUGCCUCAUCUGUCAUCCUGCUCCUGCUAUGGAGGCGUUCAGUAGUCCGGCCCCCCUCAUGGCAGUGUUGUGCACCACCCAGUCCACCCACCAGCCACGCAAACCCCCCCCACCCCCUCCAUACCACCACCAUUCACUCUGGUCUGCCUUGCGCACUGCUAAAAAUGUAGUAGCCUUCAGCAUCAAGUCCAUAGCUUAAAGUAUCCUAGAGUUGUUAUGACAGUCGGUUUGAGAAAACCAAAAACAUUUUGAGGCGGAGGGACCUAGCGGCCAAUCCCUGGCACGUCCUCCUGCUUCAUCAUGCCAAAUUGCAGGUCUUUUUUAUUUAUUUAAUUUAAAAAACUUGUUGGAAAUUAACUCCUGCAGCAGGUAUCUGAAGCGCUGGCUCUUUGUCACUGGGUUGAAGCAGUCUCUCACUGUAAUACACUACUCUUGCGGUUACGAUGAAGGUUUCCCAACCCAGCCCAGUUAACCCUGUGAAAUUGUAGCAGGAUCUGGCAGACGUGCCGCUGCUCUUCUGUGUGUCGUGUCUCCGUAUCACUGAAACUGUUAAAUCAUUUUUCUGAUACAAAUGUGUUUCGAUUCAUGAAAUCCUUCAAAACAUAAUUUAAAGAAAGUGAUACAAUGAAAGCAUUAAAAAAAAAUACGGAAAAGCAGACGUAAUCUGGCAUAUAAAAAUAUGUUCAUAAUUUCUACGGGAGAAUGGAUUUGUAUGUAUGCAUAUUGUUUAUAGACGAUGAAAUGCAUGCAUAUGCAGUAGAUAGCUAUUGAUACACACGCAAACACACGUGCAUACUUCAGUAAGAAAGCUUUGUGAAUGUAACAAACCUGACCUGGUUGGGUCUGAAAUUUGCCCGAGUGGGAUGAAGCUUGGAGUGCUGUUAGUCGAGUAGAGAGGACAGCAGAAUUAGAAGCAGAACUAGAAGUGCCUUCUGCAAAAUCUCUAAAGCAGACAAAAGCAUUCCAGGUGUGUACACCUGGACAUCAAUUCGCCGAGUAUUAACACACACACAUGCAGACAUAUAUACAUUCAUUCAUUUAUAUUGUGUGUAUAUAAUGUGUGUGUGUGUGUUAAUACUAUAUAUAUAUAUAUAUACACACACACACACACACACACACACACACACACACACACACAUACAUACAUACAUACAUACAUACACACAUACAUACAAACACACAUAUACGCAUAUAUAAAUGUAAGACAUGGGCAUGCUUUUAAUUUUAUUACUCUACCUUAUUCAUUGCCACAAAACUUCUACAAUAUCUGUAUUUUAAUAUAGCUUUCCUGUACUGAGACAGCUCUCGAGAAUGCUACAAAUGCACUCGUAAAUAAACAAAAGAUGUGUGAUAAGUGAUUAACAGAAGCACAGGUUAAAGGAAGUGUUUUUCUUGAGAGCAAACUACAAACCUCUGCCCUUACAGUUUUCAUACCAAUGUACGCACAUUUUGUGUGUGUGUGUGUGUGUGUAGGUGAGCAUGUGGUCAUAAAAUUGAUGAAAGGUCUUUUUUUUGGCUUUACAUAAUUCUUCACACAGUGCUUUCAUUCUAAAAGUGUUUCUGCAUAUUUGGGAGUGUUUACAGGAUGUUGUGUGCUGUCUGGGUUUGUGUGUGUCCUCCCUGCCGCACACCCCUUCCCACGCACACUCAUGCUGCGUAAUGUGAUGUGUGACCAUGUGGAGCACAGGGAUUAGCACCGUGCGAUGUGUGUUAUUCACUCUUGAAUGUCUCCCCAAAGCCUUAAUGGUGAACAUGUGGCUCAUUAUAAAUUCAGGAUGCAUAUUGCCCCCCUCCCCCAAGCCUUCUUUUUAAGAUAUAUUUAUCACAAAUUGAUUUUUUUGUAUGUUUUUUUUUUUUUUUUUUUUUAACCAUAUCUUUUACUUUGAGUAUGCAGCAUUAGAGGUAUAUCACCAAUGUGAAUCUAUUAGUCUUUUUCCUUGCAUGGAGUCUUUAAGGAAUAAUGCACAAUGCGGGAUAAAUGGAAUAUCUGAAUUUGACCAACAAUUAAAAUACAGACCACACGAAAACUACAAUUUAUAUUUGGGGAAAAUACAGAAAAUUACAGAAACUUCAAAUGAAAGGUUACUGUUACCAUGAGAAAAUUUUUUUAAAGUACGAUGUUUUACACUUUACACAUGUAAGAUGAAAUGUAUAUGAUAAAAUAACUAAAAUUAUAACACACGAUGUAAAAGUUGGGCAUCAGUACCAGAACAUUAUUUUUGAGUACUUUCUGAACAGUAAAAAAGGGCCAGUUAAUUAGUUCCAUAGGAUUUAAAGCUGCUGACUCUGGAUUAUGUGAAAUAAUUACCUCUAACGUGAUUAAUUGUAUAGAAAUGUUCCGUUUAUUGUGUUGGUUUGUAAUGUGCAUGCACAUUUUGCAGUGCAGAGCUAGCUUUGUAAAUAUCUCACUAUCUUGACCCUGAGCAGCUUGUUUUCAGCAGUGCCAAUCAAUGCCCCCAGCUUAAUACCCAUAUGGGGUUUAGCAGCACAUUAUAUAAGUGGGAUGAUUUUAGAACUUAAAUUUUACCAAGUUUAUACCAAAAGAAAAUGCAAAAGCCAAGCAAAACUGGCCUAUGGCUGCAGAACGUGUACAGGGAGACUCCAGCGAGCCUAGUCCCCCAGGUUGGCUUUCGCAUGGACGAUACCCAAUGGAGCAACAUGCACCCUGUUCUUACUGCCUUGUCUCUCGUGAUGGGUUUACCCCUUAUAUAAGUGUAAUGUUGGUGAUGCAUCCGGUCUCGCUGUUCGACAAUGCUGUGUAUAGUGUACUGGGGAGAGGAAUUUUUUCAUUUUUCAGCUGUGCCUAAUCAGAUAAGGUACAUCCUCAUUCAUAUUGGUAGUAUAUGGACCAGGUCACCGGGAAAUAAGUCACUUUUGUGGGAGAAGGCUGAUCUUUCUGUUCUGUUGACCUCCUGAGUACCUCUGGGACUUUAUCUGUAACUUUGUCCGUUCUGCAGUAGAAAAGUCCUCCCAGCACUGCAUGUGGAAAAGGUGACAGAUUUGCAAAUAAGAACUAGACUGACUGAUUAUUUAGGUGAAUUUUGUCUGGUUUUGCUUUUAAUUUCUCCCACCCUUGCUCCAUGAUCUGUCAAUAAAUUUACCUUUUUUUGAGGUUUUUUCCUGUGAGCUAUAAA